AAUGCCAAAUUACUACUCCUAAAUAAAAAAGGGGAUAAUUGCAAAACCCUUGUUCCACAUAAACCCUUGUUUCUUCCACAAUCCAUUUCUACUCAUACAAUGAAAUCAAUUCUAAACCCAAAGUUUUCAUCUUUGUCUCCCAAUUUCCCUAAACUCUCUUCUUUCGCUCACUUUUCAUGCCCUCGUCAAUUCACCAUCCUUUUCCGCAACAACCCAUCUCGAUUUUCAAACCCUCUUCUUCUCAACCCAACCACUAAACCCUUCAAUUCAUCCUCUAACUUCACUUCACCAUCUCAAAAUCGUAACUUGCAAGCAUCGGCAUCUAUAUCGGGUGAAGUUCACGUUAUAGUGGGCCCCAUGUUCGCCGGAAAAACCUCCUCUCUUAUCCGCCGGAUUCAAUCCGAGUCUGACAGUGGCAGGUCAAGUCUUGUUGCAGAAAAUACUCCGAAUUUGGAUAAGGUUUUGCAAGGUCUGUGUAUAUCUGGAAGGUUGGCGGAGGCAAUUAGGCUCUUGUACUGCAGUGGGUUUUCAGUGCAUCCGAGAACCUAUUCUUUGAUGCUGCAGGAAUGUAUAUUCUGGAAACAGUAUAAGAGGGGGAGAAGAAUUCAUGCUCACAUGAUUGUUGUUGGAUAUGUUCCCAAUGAAUAUUUAAAGACCAAAUUGUUGAUAUUAUAUGCAAAAUCAGGAUGUCUAGAAACUGCCCAGUUUCUAUUUAAUAACUUGGUGGAGAAGGGCUUGUUUGCAUGGAAUGCAAUCAUAGCUGGCUAUGUUCAAAAGGGCCUUGAAGAAGUUGGAUUGGAAACUUUUUGUAGGAUGAGACAGGCUGGUUUGAGACCUGAUCAGUAUACCUUUGCAUCGGUUUUUAGAGCCUGUGCAACUUUGGCGUUAUUAGAACCCGGGAGGCAAGUGCAUGGUGUAAUGUUGAAGUGUCAAAUUGGGGACAAUGUUGUAGUCAACAGUGCAUUAAUAGACAUGUAUUUUAAAUGCAGUUGUAUUUGUGAUGGGCGCAUGCUUUUCAAUAAAUGUUUGACCAGAAAUACCAUAACUUGGACUACUCUGAUAUCUGGGUAUGGUCAACAUGGAAGAGUCGUGGAGGUUUUAGAUUCUUUUCAUAGAAUGAUAUCUGAAUCUUUUAGACCGAAUUAUGUUACUUUUCUCGCAGUUUUGGUUGCUUGUAGCCAUGCGGGUUUGAUUGAUGAAGGGCAUAAAUAUUUUCAAUCAAUGAUAAAAGAGUAUGAAAUGGUUCCUCAAGCUAAACAUUAUGCAGCAAUGGUUGACCUUUUAGGGCGUUCUGGAAAGUUAAAAGAGGCUUAUGAAUUUGUUCUAAAGUCACCUUGUAAAGAGCACUCAGUGAUAUGGGGUGCCUUGCUUGGGGCUUGUUUGUGGGAUAAUGUUGAGGAGGUUAGGGCUUCGCUGAGGGAGUCAGGGAUGGCCAAGGAAAAUGUGGCAAUAGUUAAAUCAAGCAAGGAUACUAGAUAUGGAUUAGAUUCAAUUGUUACACACGAUGGUGCAAAAUUACCAUGUUGGGCACUUUCAAACUUGUCAUCAUUCAAGCAGAAGUUUGGAGUUGAUGCUUAUGAGAAGCUGGACGUGAUUGGCAUCGACGAAGCUCAAUUCUUUGAAGACCUUUAUGAUUUCUGCCGCGAAGCUGCUGAUCAUGAUGGAAAAACUGUAAUAGUUGCAGGAUUAGACGGUGACUAUUUGAGGAAGAGGUUUGGUUCUGUCCUUGAUAUAAUUCCUCUUGCCGAUUCUAUAACCAAGUUAACUGCUCGAUGUGAAAUAUGUGGGAAGAAUGCUUCGUUUACCCUGAGGAAGACACAAGAUACAGAGGUUGAGUUGAUCGGUGGAGUGGACGUCUACAUGCCAGUGUGUCGGCAGCACUAUGUCAAUGGACAGGUAGCCAUUGAAGCGGCAAGAAAUGUCUUGGAAUCUAAGAAGGAGGUUGAAUGCGGCUCACAUAUAUAAAUGCAGUUUUCUUAGCAGCUGCAUGCGUUGGUUUCUGCCUCUUGUAACUUGAUGUUUAGAUAUGGUUUGCCAAGUCCUGCUAAUUAUAAGGAAAUGUAGAUUAGAAUUUUUUCUAAACUGGCCAUGUCAAUGUAAUUUUGAUGUUUUAUUCUAAAUCAAAAGCUGUUAUUGAUUAAACUGGCUUCAUCUGAUGAAUGUGGAUUUAAAAGAGUUCAGAGAAGAGAGGGGCCCAGCUUUUAGGAGUACUUAUGUAUCACUUGUAUUCUUUUAGAAUGAAACAUGAUGUUGUGUUA